UCUAAAAAUAAACCGCGAAUUCUUAAAUUACACGUUUGCCGAGACGCGUACGUGAUGUCUGUGCGCGCACAAGCUGUGUAUCAUUGAAUCAAUUGCGUAGCCUGGUUUUUUUUAAUGUAUAUUUAUCACGAUCCUAUGGUACUAUAAAGUAACCGAGCAAUUGGAUUAAACUUUUUCCUUUGUAAUAAACAGCUUAAUUAGAUAGAUAAGAUACAUUUAGGUGAAAAUUAAAACUUUGUUAUCCGCUCUGUUAAACUGUAUUUUGAAACAGCCAAGGAAUGUGAAAAAGAGGAGGAAGGAAAUUUGCUUUUAAAAUAUUCAAAUUAAUAUGGUUAAAAAAUUGGGAUUAAUGGGGAAAUAAAACGGCGGACUCUAGUUCUCGGAACUUCAUGCUAUUCACGUUCUUUUGAACUUUUUUGAAGAUUGCCAAGGAUCAGAAAUGAAUUUGUUUUUAGAAUAUUCUAAUUAAUACGGCUAAAAAUGGGAUUAAUGGAUGAACAAAUCAGUAGGCUUUAUUUUUCCAUAAUUUCCUUAUCAUAUUUUUUUUUACUUCAAUUGAACAUUUCGAUAAUAUUUGGAAAUUCUCAAAAGAGCUCCAAAGAAAAGAAUUGUACGGACAAAGGCAGCAGUUGUGUGUCCACACAAUAAGGCUGUGCACUGAUAGAGAUUUAAAAUUUCGGUACAACAACAAUAACAAAGUGGCGGUUUAAACGAACACGAUGAGAAGACGUUGGUAAAUUCAAGACGGGAACUAUCGCAUAAUAUGUUUUGGAGGCGCGGUUUGUUGUGAUUGCUGAAAUUACGUGCGCCUCAUUAUCGGGCUCGAUAGUUUUUGCCCUUCUUCCCGAUUGUUUUGAUACUCUCAGGUGUUAUAGACUUGGCUGUGAGACCGCGUUAUUAUGUUUCGAGUCGACGAACGACACACAUUCGCGACACGCGAGCGCCGUGUAUCGUCGAGUUGCGUAUCGUUCUCAUCGCUCUUUAAAAUAUUCAUUCGUAUUCUCGUCGGCAUUGCGCAUUAAUUAACACGCGUUUCUCCGGUCGAAUUGUAUCUACGAAUAACAGUGCUAGUGUUAUCAGUGUCAAUGCCACGAGGGAGUUUCCGGAGGACUAUGACGAAGCAGUCGGGAAUAGGACGAAGGAAUCGAGACGCACACGGAAAAAAAGAACACGGGAUACCAGGACGCAGGCAGCACCACAUCAUAUAUUUCUAAGAUAUGCCAAGUCACUUAUUAUGCAGGAUUUUUGAGUUUUUAACGAACACAUAUCAAGAUUAAAGAGACACUGGAAUCACAAUUUAGGCCGGCAUUCAUGAAAGGACAAUGAAACAGGUUCUGUCUGAAAUCGAAGGAAGCACAGCGGUGCGAGAGGAUAUCGCGCGUUCUUUGUACCGAAAAUCACAUAAUCGUUAUGAGCCAUCGGAACAAAUCACGAGAGAGUGAAUAAUAUGAAACUAUUGUAAAAUACACGCAAAUAGUCGUGAAACUAAGUCAUUUCGACUGUCGUUUCGCAUUCGAGUGAAUUCAAGUAUGAGCCGCUUAAUUCGUAAUCGGGAUUUGUCGUUGCAGUUACAAAAAGCCCUUCGACAAGUUUCAACGAUUCGGUAAGCCCCGGAAGGGUCACGACUCGGAAUCGCGAGCUAUGAGAAUUCUCGCGUGGAUCAAUCACGAGCCGGUUACGUUGGUUAAUCGUCUGCAAGCAGAUUUCAUAGAACGCACAAGACCAUCCGUUGGACGUAUCAGGUAGUGCUCUUGAGCGAGAGCGAUCAUUAAUCUCGCGACGUAGUGGCGGUAUGACUUACAGUGACGAUGCAAUUUACGGCGACACGUUGGAUCAUAAAAGUCGACGCGAAGGACUUGUGUAUCGCCAGAUUACUGAAUAAGAAAUAUGUUUAGUUUUUCGAUCGAACGAUUGAUGAGAAAAACAGGGAUUUUUUUUACGAUGAUUGAUAAAUUUCUGAGGGACCCGGAAACGUCGCGCUUUUAUGCAGACGUCGUGCAUGGCAAGAAAACUGUCAGGGACCAGUUCGACGUGUCAGACGCUUUGCGCGAUUUCGAUUUAAACGAGGAGACUCUCCUUUGGUGGCGAUAUCUUCAAGAUCUGAAUCAUUUUCGUCGAGUGCUGAAGAAACGCAUUCCCGAAGUGCCGUUCAAGAAUAUCGAAGAUAUCUUGUCUUGUCUAGACAAGAAAUGUGUCGGAGUUUUACCCGAGGAUCAAGUUUUCGCGAUCAUGAGAGAAUAUUGUAUAUUAAACGAGGAAUUGCUCGCACCGUUAAUAGAGACGUUGCAAUUACGCAAAGACGGAAGUAUUAACUACAGAGAAUUACUAGAUCUUUUAAAUUGGAGGCGCAGUAUGCCGGUUUUACCUAAGAUGCAACAAGCGUCAUUCGCGAGUUCGGAUUAUGUUACCACAUACAGCGCUGGCAUAGGAAGUCUUUCGAUGUUUGAUAACACUAAGGUUCACGCGGCUGGGCUCCCAUCUGUGAAGUCGGAGAGACCAAGUAUAAUGCUAAUACGUGCAGAUAUAAAUUUGGAUAAGAAUUUAGACGAUCAAACUCAUUCAUUGCUCGAUAUCGCCAGAAGCUCUCACAAGACACGACUUUAACGCAUACAAAUCUUUUUACAGUAGUUCCCAUUAGCGUGACUGCUUAGCACGUUAUAUUAUCACACAAUACUUUAAAGAUUUCAGUAAUCAAAUGUGUCUUUGAUAUACAAAUGAUUCUUAGUUAGAUAUAAUUACAAUAAUACGAUAGACACUAUUCUCACUAAGAAACGUGGCUUGUAGGCUCACAAUAAAGAGGAAAUUUGGAGCAUAU